AUGGACGUGUUCCCUCUCUCGCCUGAGUUUGAAUGCGAGGAUCCAUUUGAGACUACCGUUGGACAUGACGAUAUCGAAGAGAGUGAAGAUGAGGAUCUGCCUUGGGCUGACCAGAAAGUCAAAGAAAUCACCGCGGCCGAGCUUCAGGACUUUGCCCAACUGAUGGACGAAUUUGCCAAAGGAUUCGAUCCCGACUCCCUUACUCGAGAGAUCAUGGCUAUGCUACCACUGCUCGAGGAAGAUCUAUUCCCCAGCUCCUUCGCCCAUCUCUUGAUCCUCCUUCUUCAGACCGACGGCAAGAUCGAAACCGCCCAAGUGAAGCUAGUUCGGUGGCUUCGUGCUCGUUAUCCCAUUGCUCUAUGUGAGCCAAGCGAGACUCAACUGGUCGAUGAGACGUUCUUCAUGUCCGAGAUAGAGAUGUUGAGACGGCUGCUAUCGACUUUGCGUGGAGACGAUGACAAGACCAUAUAUUGGAUCAACUGCAGGCCCUUUGAGAUUGGCAAGUCCUGCGAGACACUUGAAGCGUCCAUUAAGGUGAUUCGAGCGUUCGAGCGUGACAUGCGGUCUGCAACGGAGGAGAUUGAUGAGGAAAGACACUUCUAUAGUGAUCUCCCCGUCUGUACUGAGCGCACGGUGUUGACAAGCAUKAGGGCACAGCGGUGUGACAGUUCUCAGGCAUGCAUUGGCUGGAACAACUAUCUGUCCUCUGAAAUUGAGCUCACAAGGUUCCAUCAGUUUUUCAAACACCAUGUCAUGGAGCAUGACCCUGAUAAGGCUCGUGGAUUUGGAUGGCUGCCACCAGAACAUAUCAGGAUCCCUCGCUCGUCAUCUACCGGUGCUGAUCUUGUCGAUGUGUCUGAUUGGCCUCUGGACGAUCAUCAGAAAAAAAUCAUGAGUCUGCUGUUCAAGGUUGCUCAGUGGCUUGGUCUAGCGAGAGGACUAGCGGCCGUUCAUCUCUUUUGCGACGUUGCUCGUAACUUUACCAUCCACAAGCCCUCUGAGAAACCGAGUGCCAGCUACAUCCUCUUCAUGCAGAAACUUGCCGAGGUCAGACUGUGCCCCAGCUCGAUUAAAUCCCAGGUCCCGACGCCAUUUCCCUACGACGACGAGAUCUACGCGAACCGCAACCCGGCCUUCUUUAUUGACGUCUUCAGAUCUGCCAAAAUUUUGGUGUGGUGCCAGGUUGAGAUGGCCUCUUUUCUGAAGAAGAGCGACAAGAAGCAGGGCUAUUCUAACCACGGCACCUCUGGUCGCCAAUCUUCCAAGGGCAUGCAGAUUCGUAUGGUCACUGAAUUCCCCGAAAUUCAUGGAUCUCUCGCUGGAGCAUGGGAGGGCAAUCGCACACAGAAUAUGGCAAAGAGAACCAGUCCAUUGGCUAUUCCUUCUGCAAGCCUUCUUGCUGAUGAAACAGCUCUUGACCAUCCUGCUUCCCCAGAGGAACAGCAAUUGGUUUAUCACUUCGCAGGUUACGCACGUUCCAUCUAG